AUGGAUCUCUAUGUCGAUCCUCUCAUGGAAACUACUUCUCUUUCUAAUAUCCAUAAACCAAAGACGAGCUUCGGUUUUAACCAAGCGAAGCCUCUCGGUCUAAACCAGCUCACACCAUACCAGAUUUACCAGAUUCAGAACAAGCUUAACCAUAGACGCACCACAAUCUCAAACCGAACCCGAAUGAAGAAACUCUCACCUUCUUCCUGCAAAUCUCAGAAGCUCUACAGAGGCGUAAGGCAAAGACACUGGGGAAAAUGGGUUGCUGAGAUCCGUUUACCCAAGAACCGGACCCGUCUCUGGCUUGGAACGUUCGAAACAGCCGAGAAAGCUGCCUUGGCUUACGACCAAGCUGCUUUUCAGCUCCGUGGAGGUAUCGCGAAGCUUAACUUCCCAAACAUCAGACACAAAGACAUCAAUCCUCUGGCUUCCUCUGUCGAUGCAAAGCUCCAAGCUAUUUGUCAGGGUUUGAGAAGAACAGAGGAGACUUGCUCUGUUUCAGAUAAAACAGAGGAAAAAUGCUCUGUUUCAGAUAAACCAGAGCUUGUCUUGCCGAAAACAGAGCAUCCGGAAACGACGAAAUCCUCCGAUAGGUCACAGAGAAGCGAUGAGAACUCGUCGUCAGAACGAGGUAUAACAUUCCUUGACUUCUCGGAUUCUGAGUUUGAAGAGAUUGGUAAUUUCGGGCUUGUGAAGUUUCCUUCGGUGGAGAUCGAUUGGGAUGCGAUUAGCAAGCUUUCCGAUCUCUAAUGGUUACGCAGUAAUCUCUGGAACUGAAAUUUUUUGAACAGUUGAAGAGAUUUUUUUUUUUUAGGUUUUGAAUCUUUCGUAUUUUUCUUUUGUUGGUCGUUUAGGGUUUUUCUGUGUUGGUUUGGCUUGGUAAGUUUUAUGGUCCUCGUCUUUCGCCAAUAGGAGAAAGUUUUGUAUUACAAAAAUUAUCAUUAUGUAUGCAUUACACCAUUACACCAUUACACCAUUGUGCAUUACAUUACAUAUCAUAUUUACAUUCUCUUUUGCGAGUGAGAAAA